AUGUUCUCAAACAUAGGAUUUGGCCUGACUUCCGACUCUCACAUCAUCCUUCGUGAGUACCACUAUGUCAACUUGAAAAUGAACUGGACCGAUGCUCAGCAAUACUGCAGAGUAAAAUACAAUGAUCUGGCCACCAUUGAAAGCAUGGAUGACAUAAGCAGCCCCACGUCAGUGAAAUGGAGUGAUGCUCUGGCUUACUGCAGAAAACACUACAAAGACAUGGCUAUGAUGGAGAAUGAUCAGGAGAACACACAGAUGUUGUCAGUUGCAUUAAACCUUGAUGUGUGGAUAGGUUUGUACCGAGUAUCAUGGAGGUGGUCCGACAACGGCAGCAGCAGGUUCAGAAACUGGGCGUAUGGUGAGCCAAAUAACUAUCAGGGUAGUGACCACUGUGCAGUUGAAAAGACAAAUCAUCUUUGGGCUGAUAUCCCCUGUGCUCGGAAGUUGCCCUUUUGCCCCAAAAAUGAAGACCAUUGUGAAGAUGAAGAUUCAGAGUGA